AACACUUCCUUAAAACCAUUCAAGCGUUUAAAGUCGAAGCUCCGGGAAAAGAAAAAAAAACUUAAAAAAGAAACUUAGAGUCAGGCUAACGAGGAGCCUUUGGUGAGUGGUCACCAUGCCACCCUUCCUGCGUAUCACCCUCAGUAAUUACGAUGUGGGCGCGCUGUCUCCUCUUUCUGAUGCUCCCAUCUGUGCCAUCAGGAUAAAAGAGUCUAUCGACACAGAAAGAGGGAAGACCCUGGUCCAGAGGAAGCCCACCAUGUACCCCCCCUGGAAGUCCAAUUUUGAUGCUCAUAUCAAGGAGGGGCGUGUCCUAGAAGUUGUUCUUAUGCAGAGUACUGAGGAGCCAUUGGCCAAGGCCACAAUGGGCGUGUCUGUGCUGGCAGAGCGCUGCAAAUCCAAGUCUAGAGGCAGCGGACGUGCUGAGUUCUGGGUGGACCUGCAGCCUUCUGGGAAGAUUCAGAUGGCUGUGCAGUUUUUUUUGGAGGAUGGUGAUGCCGUGGCUGCUAGGCCGACCCCGAAGGCUCCUACUGAAGACGGAUUAAUGACCCUGAACAGGAGGAGGGGCGCAGUCAAGCAGCCCAAGGUUCUUGUCAUCAAGAACCAUGAGUUCACCUCCACCUUCUUCCACCAACCCACCUUCUGCUCUGUCUGUAGAGACUUUCUCUGGGGGCUCAACAAGCAAGGAUACAAAUGCAAACAAUGCAAUGCAGCAAUCCACAGGAAGUGCAGCGACAAAAUCAUUGGCAAGUGCACUCGAACAGCGACCAACAGUCGUGAGACUAUGUUCCAGAAAGAACGUUUCAAUAUUGACAUGCCACAUCGCUUUAAAACUUACAACUACAAGAGCCCCACCUUCUGUGACCACUGUGGAAGUCUACUGUGGGGUCUGUACAAGCAGGGCCUUAAAUGUGAAGACUGUGGCAUGAACGUACAUAGUGGCUGCACAAGCAAAGUGGGCAAUCUUUGUGGAAUCAACCAGAAACUACUAGCAGAGGCUUUGUCUCAAGUCUCCCAGAAAUCUGUGAAGAAAUCUGAUGACACCCCUGCACCAGAUAUUGGAAUCUACCAAGAUGUCAGAAAUGCAACAGUGGACCCUAGUGCAGGUGGCAAUGGGAAGGGCCCUAGCGCUAGCCCUAGCCCUGCCCCAGCCCCAGCAACAACUACAGUUUCCCAGGUACGCCUCUCCCUCAACCAGCUAAUAUUCCACAAGGUUCUGGGAAAAGGCAGCUUUGGCAAGGUGAUGCUUGCAGAGCUAAAGGGACAGGGCCUGUACUUUGCUGUGAAGGUCCUGAAGAAGGAUGUCGUUCUCAUGGAUGACGAUGUGGAGUGCACCAUGGUGGAGAAAAGAGUCCUUUCCCUCGCCUGGAACAACCCUUUUCUCACUCAUCUCUAUGCCACAUUCCAGUCAAAAGAGCACCUCUUCUUUGUAAUGGAGUACUUGAAUGGAGGUGACUUGAUGUUUCACAUCCAAGACAAGGGCCGAUUUGAUCUCAACAGAGCUACAUUCUAUGCUGCUGAGAUUAUAGUGGGACUGCAAUUCCUCCACUCAAAGGGAAUUAUCUACAGAGACCUGAAGCUGGACAAUGUGAUGCUGGACAAGGACGGACACAUAAAGAUAGCAGACUUUGGCAUGUGCAAAGAGAAUGUCUUUGGAGAUGUCAAAGCAAGCACAUUCUGUGGGACACCAGAUUAUAUCGCACCGGAGAUCCUGUGUGGACAGAAGUACACAUUCUCAGUGGACUGGUGGUCUUUUGGUGUCCUGGUGUAUGAGAUGCUAAUUGGUCAGUCGCCAUUCCAAGGUGACGAUGAGGAUGAGCUCUUUGAAUCCAUCAGGUCGGACAUUCCUCACUACCCUCGGUGGAUCUCCAAGGAGUCCAAGAGCCUGCUUGACCUGUUGUUUGAGCGAGAUCCCACUCGCAGAUUGGGUGUUGUGGGGGACAUCCGAGGACACCCAUUCUUCAAAAACAUUAACUGGACAGCACUGGAGAGGAGACAAGUGGAGCCUCCUUUCAAGCCUAAAGUGAAAUCUCCCAGUGACCACAGCAACUUUGAUCGUGAGUUCCUGAAUGAGAAGCCGCGUCUCUCCCAUGCUGACAAAAACCUCAUUGAUUCUAUGGACCAGGCAGCUUUCGCUGGCUUUUCCUUCAUCAACCCUAAACUGGAACCCAUAAUAACCAAAUAAGAAAGUAAAAACGGCAUCCUCAGAUGGCUCAUCACUUCCAGCAAGCUUCUUACCCAAUUCCCUUUGUCUUCAUGUGGUGGAGGGCCUGAGCUUGACAAUGAAGUUUUUUUGUUUUGUUUUGUUUUUUCAGUUCCCCAAAAGAGGAAAAGAUCAAAUAAAACCAAGAUGUUGUUGGAAGCUAAAAGUGUAAUAAUAUCUCAGCUAUCAAACUUGUACAGGUGUAUAAAAGAGUGUCUAGAAAUUAAGGGAGUUUCUUCAGAAACCAGUGUUACCAUUAUCAGUCUGGGGACGGGUGUGUGUAGUAGAAUAUAUUCAAUCUUUGGGCACUUUUCUUUCCCUUUUCCACGUGAUCACACUUUGAAUCUAUAUGUAUCAUUUAGUGUACUGUAUCAUAAGUUUUUAUUCACAGACAGAAAUGCAGCACCUUUGUUUAGUCAUAGAAAUUAAUACACCUAGCAUUGCUUAGUCAAACCGUGUUUGUGUUUGUGUUUGUGUGAAAGACAGAGUGUGUGUGGUGCAUGCAUAAGAGCCUGUGGGUGCGUGCAGGUAUUUUUGUAUGUAAAUGGUGCCUCUGUAGCCAGUAACAUUAGCUGUUGGUGUACGAAUUCUCAGCUGGUCCAGGUAAAGGUGCCGUGAAUUUAAGUCUAGCUGAAAUAAAGUUGUUUUUUUGUUUUGUUUUUUUUGUUUUUAAAUGCUAGAAUUGAAAUUUUCCCUCACUGACUGCACUCUUGUUUAGAAACUAGACAUGCAUUACCCACAGUGUCACAUCUACUUUUUUAAAAAAAAUGCACAUGAUACCCACUUUUCUUGUGUUAUUUAUCCAACACUGGUGUUAAAACUCAUUCUUUACCUCAGACUCAAGCGCGGGGAGGGGGGUCACUGUAAGGACAGAUCUUUAAUAUGUCUUAUAUUACUUGAAUGCAGGAAUUUUAACAUGGAAAUAAUAUUGCUGUAUAUGGAAGAUUAAAAUGUAUGUUACUAUGAGCUUUCUGUAAGUUAUGGGUGGACUUAUUUUUU